AUGGGUUCACAUUACGCGAGUAAAUUUUAUCAAAAAUGGAUCGAACUUUAUAUUAAAAACGGUGGAAAGCAAUUUCUUGCUCAAAAAGCAUUUUUUGAUAAGUUCGGAAUUGAUACGAAUAACAAAGAAACGAUGAAACUUUUCGCGCAGUCUACUGAUGCUUUAAAGCACAAAUUUUAUCGCCUUGAUGAGAUUAUUGCACAAAGAUUAUCAAACGAUCCUUACACUUCUUUGGAAGCAUUUUUGAAUAAUUUACAGGAAGAGUGCCCAGAUGAUCUCGUUCAAUUUGAUUACAAUGGAGAUUUUUCCGAGUUUACAAUCAUAUAUGCACCUUUUGCUGCAAAAGAAUUGGUGCAUAGCAUUGAUAACCCUCUCCACGUCGAUUCCACUCAUUCUUUAAUUAAAGGAAAGAUCCAAUUGUUUGCAGUAACAAUGAAAACAAGUCAAAACACAAUUUUCCCCUUUUGCUAUUUUUUAGUGAACCCUCAGACAUCUGAAAAAAUUCAAGAAU